CAGGGAAAGCUCUAAAAGAAGCGAAGGGAUGAAGUAUGUUCUUGUGACUGGGGGCGUUGUUAGUGGACUCGGAAAAGGAGUGACUGCUAGCAGUAUUGGUCUUCUUCUUCAGGCUUGCGGACUUCGUGUCACCUCAAUCAAAAUUGAUCCGUAUUUGAAUAAAGAUGCAGGAACAAUGUCUCCUUUUGAGCAUGGUGAAGUUUUUGUACUGGAUGAUGGGGGAGAAGUGGAUUUGGACCUUGGGAACUAUGAGCGGUUUCUAGAUGUUAAGUUGACCCGUGAUAAUAAUAUCACCACCGGAAAGAUUUACCAGUCUGUGAUUGACAAGGAGAGGAAGGGAGAUUAUCUUGGAAAGACUGUUCAGGUUGUUCCUCACAUCACGGAUGCCAUUCAAGAUUGGAUUGAACGCGUGGCAGCUAUACCAGUAGAUGGAAAAGAAGGCCCACCUGAUGUCUGUGUCAUUGAAUUGGGUGGUACUAUAGGGGACAUUGAAUCCAUGCCAUUUAUUGAGGCUCUUGGACAAUUCUCGUAUCGUGUUGGUGCUGGAAACUUCUGCUUGAUUCAUGUCAGCCUUGUGCCGGUUCUAAAUGUUGUUGGGGAACAAAAAACAAAACCAACCCAGCACAGUGUUCGAGGAUUAAGAAGCUUGGGGUUGACCCCAAAUAUAUUAGCCUGCCGCAGCACAACGGAAUUGGACGUGAAUGUGAAGGAGAAACUCUCAAGAUUCUGCCAUGUUCCGGAAGAGAACAUACUGACUCUCUAUGAUGUCCCCAAUAUAUGGCAUGUACCUCUACUCUUAAGGGACCAGAAGGCUCAUGAAGCAAUACUAAAGGUUUUCGACCUUCCAUGUAUGGCAUCUAAACCUAUGUUGGGGGAGUGGACAGCUAGGGCACAACGUUGUGACAUGCUGAAUGAGCCGGUCAGAGUUGCCAUGGUUGGGAAGUACACUGGUCUUUCAGAUUCUUACCUAUCUGUACUGAAGGCUCUGUUGCAUGCUUCUGUUGCUUGCCGAAGGAAAUUACUCAUCAAUUGGGUGUCUGCCAGUGACCUUGAAGAAGCAACUGCCAUAGAAAAUCCUGAUGUUAACAGAGCUGCUUGGAAUUCUUUGAAGUCGGCGGAUGGUGUGCUUGUUCCGGGGGGGUUUGGUGACAGAGGUGUAGAAGGGAAAAUCAUUGCAGCAAAAUAUGCACGUGAGAACAAUAUCCCCUACCUUGGCAUUUGUUUAGGAAUGCAAAUUGCUGUCAUAGAGUAUGCCAGAUCUGUUCUUGGUCUUGAAAAUGCAAAUAGCACCGAAUUCGAUCCAAAUACUAAAAAUCCUUGUGUCAUAUUUAUGCCCGAGGGUUCAAAAACUCAUAUGGGCGGUACCAUGCGCCUUGGAUCGAGGAGGACAUAUUUCCAAGUAAUGGACUCUAAAGCUUCACAGCUGUAUGGUAGUCAGAGGUUUAUCGAUGAGAGACAUCGCCAUCGAUACGAGGUGAACCCCGAGAUGGUAUUACAGCUUGAAAAUGCUGGCCUGAGUUUUACAGGCAAAGAUGAAAGUGGCCAGCGUAUGCAGAUUGUUGAACUUGGUGAUCACCCGUAUUUUGUGGGCGUCCAGUUUCAUCCUGAGUUCAAGUCUCGGCCGGGAAAACCUUCUGCACUUUUCUUAGGGCUUAUAGCAGCAGCUAGCGGGCAGUUGGAGGCACUGUUAAAGAAAAAUGUUAACGUUGGCGCCACAAACACAAACACAAAGCCAAAUGGAUUUACCAACACCAACGGAUCAUCAUCACCGCAUCGGUUUGGUAACAAGAUCCAUACAAACGGAAACACCAAUGGUGGUUUGCAUGUUUGAAACAAGAGUCUCUUUUUCUCAUGGAUGCUUUGUUUUUUCUUUUUUCUUUUUUUGUUUUUCUGAGUUUGAUUUUUGUAUAGAGGACCGGUACCGGUUAGGCUCAUCUAGAUGAAGCUGGAUCCUGUCUUUUUUUUUCUUCAAAAAAACAGAACAGCCUUUGAAUUAGGACAAAUUUACAAAGAUGGAAAACUGUAAACACCCCUAAAAACUGGAGGGGAUGGGAUGUGAUGUGAUGAAAGAAAAAGAUUGAGCCGUGUUCUGAA